UGUAACAAAGCAGCUCUAUAGUCACAGACCAAAUGUGUUGUUUCCUGUCUAUUGUGGCUGUCCGAAUUAUGUGAAACUGUAAACCUGACCUCAGAUCAGGGCUGUGACUGCUGGUGAUAGUAAAACCCUAAUCACACCUCUUUCUUAUUAAAGUAAUGGAAACGCUUAUUUCCUUUGGGUGUAUUUUGAGUUUCUCAUCAGCUUCACAUCCACUUCACAGUUACGCUUAUCUGACUGCUGGGGACGAUACUCCAGGAAGGCAAGUGUAUGGCCAUUUUGCAACAGGCUGUUACGAUGUCCACAUUUUGACAUGGCUGGCAUCAAACACCUGGGUCUGCCCAGACCGCUUGUUUCUCAGAAACCCGGUCCCCAUGAAGACAUGAACACUUCUGUCCAGCUGCACCGCGCUUCAUCCGUGCCAAAAAUCAGACCUCUCCCCAGUGUGUUUGCUUUAGGAAAGUGUCCUGCUAAACCCACGAGACCUCCACAUGUUAACUGUGAUGUGUUCAGAAAAAAUGUGUCCAACAAUACGGAAUUAUUCCCACCACCACCACCUGAAGACCUGCCAAUCCCUUCUGUGACUCCGCCCCCACCGGCAAACUUUACAUUUCUACCCCCACCUCCUCCAAUGGAUCCGCUUCUGGACGAUCAGUAUGAUGAUGUGGGUUUAAUGAACACAACAUCUUCACAAGAUAAAAGCAGCAAUGAUUUUCAGGAUUCAGGUGAGGAAACGUAUGAGGAUGUUGAAAGCAGCCGGCCAGAACGUGACAAAGAACCAAGUGAGAAAAUGAAAACAAGCAAAUGGAAAGAAGUAAAGAAAAAAACUGAUAAAGAAGAGAAGAAACGCUUGGAACAAGAGAGGAGAGAGAAGAAAAUUCAGGAGAAGAGAGAGCAAGAGGCCAGGAAGAAGUUCAAAAUCGAAGGUCCGAUUGUGGUUCUUACAACAGUAAAGGCAAAAUUGGACCGCAAGACCGGUAAGAACAAACUUCAACUGAAGCAGGGCGAGACCAUCGAGAUUGUCCGCAAGACGGGAAACCCGAAAAACUACUGGCUCGCCAGAAAUAAAGAAGGCAACUAUGGUUUUGUAAAGCCUGAUGCAGUAGACGAUUGUUCUGCGAUUAACACACCGAAUGUCAACUAUGUUCACAAUGAUAUGGAGUUAGAUGAUAAGUAA